GUACGAUCGAGUUUCGACUUCGGAUACAGUUUGUUACGGUUGGAAUUCCGACAUGGAGAAACAAGUUAAACGGAGAACAGAAAGAGUUCGAUCGAUGAACGACGCCGUUUCCGAUCUUCCGAUCACGCUUUUCGAACGUGGACCGGUCACGACGGCUUAAGAAACAGAAUUUUAGUGCGACGGUGAACGUAGAACAGUUUCGACGGAUGCUCGUUGCCGAUUUCGAUUUCGAUUUCAAUUUCGAUUUCGAUCGAUCAAUUUUAAACGGAAUCUUUGAAACAUGUGUUCGUUGUCAAAGUUGAACCCGAAACUCGGUUCGACUUAUACUCGAGCGUGAAAGGACCACUUGGAAAAAUUCAAAUCUCGAAUAAGAUGCAAGAGGUAUCGUUCGGGGACAAAAUGUUGGCGUCGAAGAUGAACUCGCUGAGGAGGUCGACGAAUCAGUCGACCAGGGAGGGCACGUCUGGCAGAAGGCACGCGCUAACUGGUAUCAAUUCCAAGAGUAUGAGAAACGUUCUCCACGCGACCACCGCACCGGGUUCACCCCUUCGACACAGAUCCAAAUACGAGCUGAGAAGCAUCAGCCUGGAGGGCACCAAAGUUUUACCAUGGACGGCGCGGUCUACCACGGACACAAUUUCCAGACGAGGAGUUCUUUCCAGGCGAUAUUAUGGCAGCGUGGAAAUGCUGCCGCAGAUCGAGCAAGAUGGCUCGGAUAAUGGGAGAAGAUUUCGGGUCGAGAAUGGCGAUUCCCCCGGCGAGAAAGAGGAAAUGUUCGGUUCACCGAGUACACCGAUAUUGGAAAAUCCCGAGUACCAAACGCGUUGGUACUUCAAGUACUUUCUCGGAAAACUACACCAGAAUUAUGUUGCUGUGGAUCAAGAAAGGAACCCUUUGUUCUUAUCGGUUGCAACGAGCGAAGUCGGUGACCAAAGUGUGCCGCAUUACAGAGUGAUAUUCUGGAGAAAAACCGGCGCCCAGAAGAUAUCGCUGCCGUACUCCGCAAACAAGACGCUGACAAUCAGGCAAAUCCUGAGUAACUUCUUCGGGCUGGAGAAGCUCGACAAAGCACCGCGCGAAAUUUUCUCGCCGGAGAUACAAAAGGAUUUACUACUGUUGGAGGAGCAAGAGGGCUCGGUAAACUUCAAAUUCGGCGUGAUAUACGCGAAGAUGGGACAAACAACCGACGACGAAAUGCUGUCCAAUGAAGAGGGUAGUCCAAGUUUCCAAAAUUUCCUCGAGAUACUGGGCGAGAGAAUACAGCUGAAGAAUUGGGACAAAUACCGGGGUGGCCUGGACGUCAAAGGUGACAUGACCGGAAAAGAAAGUUACUAUACGGUGUACGCGGGACACGAAGUUAUGUAUCACGUGAGCACGAUGCUUCCUUAUUCAAAAGACAACCCGCAACAGCUGGAGAGAAAGCGUCAUAUCGGCAACGACAUCGUUAAUAUCGUUUAUACCGACGAUCCUGAAGCUAUAGACGUUUUCAACCCGAAUUGCAUCAGGAGCCAAUUUACGCACGUGUUUGCUGUGGUAUCGACCGAAGACAACGGGAAAGGUUGGCGCGUGGCUAUCUAUUGCGACGAAAGCGUUCCUUUAUUUGGGCCCAGUCUACCCUGUCCACCUGUGUUCGAGGACCCGUACACCCUGAGGGAAUUUCUCCUUGUUAAGCUGAUUAACGGCGAGAAGGCCACAUUCAACACUCCGACGUUUUCACGGAAACGGGAGAGAACGCUGGAUGCUCUUCUGCGCGAUAUGUAUCAAGAACACACGCAGGAGAGCAAGAGCAACAGUAUGUUAAACCGACGAGCUUUGUCGGAUGUGGUGGAGGCUCCAGGUCGACGUCACGAGGAAACGCGUGCCGUGGAGAUGGUGCGCGUCGGCCAGGCCUUAAAAUUAGAAGCGAUCGUGCGCGGGCUAGCGCCAACCUCAUUGGCUACAGCCGGUCCUUUGAAGCCUAGACCAUGGGAACCGAGAUGCAUAUAUCCGGACUUCCCCCACGAAGUCGUAUGCGGGGACGUUUGGUUGGACAACAAGGUGAUCCUCGCUACCGAGAACGGGACUUUUCUGAUAGAAGACAAUCUGUCGCACAGGCUAAUUUUCGACGAGUCCGUGCAGAUCAAGCAGCUGAACGUGGUGGAACAACACGGCAUACUGUUGUUCCGCGCCGGUGACAAGGGCAAAGAGAGCAACGUCUACGUGUUCCGUUUAAGGGAGUACGAGAGCAACACGAGCAACAGAUCGACGGAGGUGCUGAACGAACACGAGGACGAUCUGGAUUGCGAGGACAACGGGGACGAAGACGAGGCGGACGACGACGUCGAUGAAAACGAGGAUACCGAUUACGACAAUUUUACCAGGGCCACUGCAAAAUUUAAGCCUAUAAUUCGCCCGCAGGGCCGUCAUCGCGUACGUCCUCUGGCCGUUAGAGGACGAGCGCACAUAAAGGAAAGAAAGCUACCGAGAACACGGGGCUGCCAUUUGUACACCACCACCAUGCCUGGUGGUUCUCACCUGCGUAUGUGCGUGGCGGUUGGUCGACGUUUGACGGUUCUACAAUGGAAACACAGCACUGCUUGGACCGCGUGGUGUGCCGCGGCCGACACGGACACGGUCGACGGUUUUCUCACGUUGAAGGAAUUCAGUGCCAGCGAAGCUCCGUCGAUGCUGACGAUAAUCGAGACCACGGACUCGAUCAACGAAUGGACGCUUUGCUGCGGCGUUCGUCAUCAUUUCGAGCUGAUCUCCGCGACUGGAAGUACGAGGAUCCUUCAUAUCGAGGGAACACCGAAGCCGCACUUGGUAGCAGCUUUGGAUCUUUGCGAAGACGAGGAGCCAGAAUUGCUGCUUUGUUACAAUAACACGUGCCAUUUUCAAAAGCUGGCGGAGGAGAGCACCGUACCGACGGAGUUCGAUUUCAACUGGAAUUCCGUGCCAGCAGCGAUAGCUUGUGCCUUCCCUUAUGUGAUUGCCUUUACCAACGACACCAUGGAGAUUCGGUUGAUAAUAAACGGAAAUCUGGUGCACACGAUGGCUAUGCCAAAUCUGAACCUGAUCACGUCGAAACAGGACAUUUACUUCACGACAACGGCCCCGGAAUUCCUGCCGGGGAAAUGCGAAAGAAUUCGACUCGACGCGAAACCUUUGGACAAAGAAGAACCGGUUUCCAGUCCGCCUCCUUUCGCACAGUCUUCGUCCUCUCGAUCUAACCCGCAAAACAGCCAGAACGAUUGGAAGCCGAUAAGGAUCUAUCAGAUACCGUUGCAAACGUUAUCUAGAAGCACCCUGUCGACCUGCGCCCAAAGGCGAUGCCCGAGCCCGGCCGAACCGGAAGUCAUCUCCGCGCCCCCGACGACCGACAGAAGUUUCCUCACCGUCGAGCCUCACAGGGCGUUGAGCAGAUCCUGUAGCAGCAGCCCAACCCCAACACCUACGAACCUGAUGCCACCGCAAUUAAGAAAAUAAAUCGAUUCGCGGCGAUAUCGUGUCGAAGGUCGUACGACGUAUUGCAGGUACCUGACGCCUUGGAUCUCGGUAAGAUCGAUCAAGGAAAUAGUAACCGGGUAUGACGCGUCGCGUCGCGUCGUAUCCGGCUCCGCGCUAUGCUCCGCGCCAAUCGUAGCUAGAUUUACUGCCGUUGCAACAGCGAUCAAGAUAUUUGCUAUAGAUGUAACCGCAUGUGCAUCAAGUGACCUUGACGUCUUUAAUAAUGCAAAAACGGUUGAGUUGUAUUAAAUAGAAAUACUUCCCUUCGGAAACGGAUCGCCCCGUUCAUUGGAGAUUCGUCGAUGCUAAUUUCAUUACCAGACUUCCGGAAAUCCUGAUCGAAACGAUAAAGAAAUUCGAAUUAAAAAUUGUUAUCAAACGAAUCAUCAAAGUUUCGCGAAAAAUUAAAGAUGAUCAAAUAUAAAUAAUAAUGAAGGUAAAAUACGAAGAAAGCUCUAUUUACUUUUUAGAAAUCUUCGUCUAUUGGGCUGUGCUGCGUAUACAGUUAUUUUUAAAAGAAUUCGUAACUACGUCGAUCGUUCCCUCUAGAAUACUCUGGCAACUGUAUCGGCAAGUCAUGUAUAAUAUGACCACGUGUACAUAUAAAAGUAAUUAAUAAAAUGUAUACCAUCGUUGAUAACGGUCCCGCUGCAAAGUUGCUCACGCCGUUAAAUCGCUUUGCGAUCGAUCCUAUUUUAUUCAGAGUUAUUCCGUUUCUACGCGUAUGUAUCCAUUCUAAAUAAAAUAAAAAUACCACAAGGGUUGUAACAUCACGAAUGUGUAUUAACCGCUAAUA